AGAAUUGCCCUGCUGAGGUAUAGGGCUUGACGUGUUUCAGCGAUCUCAGUUCUAGGGGCAGGUUAGCAAAGCUUGGAGACAAGGAUGUACUGUUAGUAGUGGACGCAAAGAACGCAGAAUUCACGGGCUAGAAGGACAUUUGACAGAACUCCCAGGAUAAGGAAGGAACUAACAAAGCCAGCUCAGCAAGUGUGCUGAAAUCGGCUCUGGCUGGGUAAAAAGGACAAAGUAGAUAUGUCAGCAUAUCCUGUUGAAAGAAUUAGAAACUUCAGUAUUAUAGCUCAUGUAGAUCAUGGCAAAAGUACACUAGCAGACAGAUUGCUGGAAAUUACAGGAACAAUUUCUAAAACUGACCAUAAUAAACAAGUGCUGGAUAAGCUGCAAGUGGAACGUGAAAGAGGAAUUACAGUUAAAGCUCAAUCUGCAUCUCUCUUUUACAAUCAUGAAGGCAUAAACUACCUCUUAAAUCUUAUUGACACACCUGGCCAUGUAGAUUUCAGCUAUGAAGUAUCACGGUCACUAUCUGCCUGUCAAGGUGUCAUACUUGUAGUGGAUGCAAAUGAGGGUAUUCAGGCUCAGACAGUGGCAAACUUCUAUCUCGCCUUUGAAGCACAGCUUUCAAUAAUUCCUGUCAUAAAUAAGAUUGACUUGAAAAAUGCAGACCCUGAAAGAGUUGAAAAACAAAUUGAGAAGCUGUUUGAUAUCCCUACAGAUGAAUGUGUAAGGAUUUCUGCUAAACAAGGAACAAAUGUUGAAAAAGUUCUUCAAAAGGUCAUUGAGAAGGUCCCACCACCCCAGUGUAAUACUGCUGAUCCAUUGAAAGCCUUAGUAUUUGACUCUACCUUUGACCACUAUCGAGGUGUCAUAGCUAACAUUGCGCUCUUUGGUGGGGAGAUUGCAAAAGGACAGAAAAUUGUGUCUGCACACACAAAGAAAAGAUAUGAAGUUCAUGAAGUCGGAAUUCUGACUCCAAAUGAACAGCCAACACAUAAGCUCUAUGCAGGACAGGUGGGGUACCUGAUUGCUGGAAUGAAAGAAGUAACGGAAGCCCAAAUAGGAGACACACUGUUUUUGUAUAAACAGCCAGUGGAGCCUUUGCCUGGCUUUAAGUCAGCGAAGCCAAUGGUUUUUGCAGGAAUGUAUCCUAUAGAUCAAGGAGAAUAUAAUAAUCUCAAAAGUGCUUUGGAAAGGCUGACAUUGAAUGACUCCAGUGUAACAGUUCAUCGUGACAGUAGCCUUGCCUUAGGAGCUGGAUGGAGAUUGGGUUUCCUUGGUCUUCUACAUAUGGAAGUCUUUAAUCAACGUUUGGAGCAAGAGUAUAACAUGUCUGUUAUUUUGACUGCACCUACAGUUCCAUAUAAAGCUGUUCUUUCCUCAGCAAAGUUGAUAAAGGCACAUGGAAAAGACCAGAUUACUAUUAUCAACCCUGCUCAGUUUCCUGAUAAACUUUCUGUAUCAGAAUAUUUGGAGCCAACUGUUAUGGGUACUAUUGUAACACCUCAUGAAUAUAUUGGGAAAAUAAUUACCUUGUGUCAGGAUCGUAGGGCAGUCCAGAAGGAUAUGUUGUACAUUGAUGAAAACAGGGUUAUGCUAAAAUACCUCUUUCCACUGAAUGAAAUUGUGGUGGAUUUUUAUGAUGCUCUUAAGUCUCUGUCUUCUGGCUAUGCAAGUUUUGAUUAUGAAGAUGCAGGUUACCAAUCAGCAGAUCUAAUCAAAAUGGAUAUUCUUCUAAAUGGAAAUCCAGUUGAAGAACUGGCAACUAUCAUACACAGUGAUAAAGCCCAUGCUGCUGGUAAACUCCUGUGUGAACGUUUAAAAGAGACGGUUCCUAGACAGUUGUUUGACAUAGCCAUCCAGGCUGCCAUUGGCAAGAAAAUCAUUGCAAGAGAAACGCUUAAAGCUUACAGAAAAAAUGUUGUGGCAAAAUGUUAUGGUGGAGACAUUACAAGAAGAAUGAAGCUUUUAAGGAGGCAAGCAGAAGGCAAGAGGUUGAUGAGAAAAAUUGGAAAUGUUGAGGUUCCAAGAGAUGCCUUUAUACGUGUUCUAAAGAGAGAAACUGACAAAUAGAGAUCAGUGACAUCUGAUCUUCCAGAUCAUGUCAACUUUUUGUAGACAGUAUCAAAGUGAGCUAAUAUGUGAUUUAUCACUGUGAGAGGGAACAUACUUGACUUUAAAUGGUAUGAAUUCAGCAUGUGUGGGAGGAUGAAUUGAAAGGACUUAAAAAUGUACAUACAUUUGUAGAUUAUUAUGAAAUUAAAGUUACUAAACUGCAUUAAAAGUUCACAUUGUAUUGUU